AUGAACGGAAAAUCAACAGAAAGAGUGAGAAUGUCCAGGCCUGCGAUUGACUUCACUGUGAAGAGGAAAAGAAGUAAUGCGUCACGCAAACCUAGGGCUAAUUGUGAUGGAAUAUUUAAGAGAUACUUCGGGUGGUUACCACCUGCUGAGAAUGAGAGUGUGAGAGAUACAGUGGUUGUUUCUGAUGGAUUAGGAACUAAUAACAAGUUGAAGAAGCUAAAACUCAAGUUUGGGGGUGUUACUCAUACUAUUCAUACCAAGUCAAAGGCAGGAACAUGCCUUCCUUCUGGCUCUGAUGGGAGAAACCCUAAGGACAGUGCAAAUACUAAUGAUCCCCGUUCUUCUGAUAAGAAGAGAGAUGUUGGGGAAAAAUCAGUUAAGCUCUCAAGAACUGAAUCUUAUUUUGCAGCUGAGAAUCAUUCACAUAAAAGAAAGACAAGUGGACAACAUGCCCGUAAGAGCAAACAAGUUACUGAGAGAUGUGCCUUGGGCGUGGGAUUUAGUGACGUAGAAGAUGAAGAUGCAGAACUUCAAUUUCUUGAAAAAAUCAAUUCAUCAAAAAGAUCAGCUAGUCGCCAUAAAGAUAAUCAAGGAGGCACAACAAUGCGUGGCAUUUGUAAAGAUGCAUUAGGUAAGAAAUAUGGGGAUCAGGACUAUGUGGAAGAAGUCCCAACAUCAAGUGAUGAAUCAAUAUUAGAAGGGAAGAAGCCAAAGAGGGAGUCUGUUGAUUUGGUUGUACCAAGAAAGCAAUCCACCCGAAGUAAUCGUAAUUGUCCCGUUGACUCUUUCAAUGAUAUGUUAUCUGGGCCAGUUGCAAGCAUUAUUGACAUCUCAGAUAAAAAGGCCAAAUUAUCCGAGGAGCAGCUAAUCAAGAAAGCCGAGGCUGCAAAGAGACGAAAAAUUCAAGCAGAGAAGGCAGCUAAGGAGGCUGAGGAGGCAGCCAUUAAGAAGAUACUUGGUCAAGAUUCUGCUAAGAAGAAGAAAGAGGAAAAGAUGAACAAGCGCAGGGAUGAAUUAGCAAAGGAAAAAUCUAGCAAACCCUUUCAUCUAGCAUCUAAAACUGUUCGAUGGACUAUGGGUCCCAAUGGAACUGUAGUAACUUUUUCUGAAGACAUGGGUCUACCAAGUAUCUUCCAAACAAUACCGAAGAGUUAUCCUCCCCCAAGGGAAAAGUGCGCAGGUCCAAACUGCACUAAUGCUUACAAGUAUCGGGAUUCCAAGUCAAAGCUUCCUCUUUGCAGUCUUGGUUGUUACAAGGCCAUUCAUGAAAAAAUGUCUCCUGUGGUUGCAUGUUAG